GGCACCAACCCUCAGUAUCUGGUGGAGAAAAUCAUUCGGACGCGAAUUUACGAGUCCAAAUACUGGAAAGAGGAGUGCUUUGGACUUACAGCUGAACUUGUAGUUGAUAAAGCCAUGGAGUUAAGAUUUGUGGGUGGUGUCUACGGUGGUAACAUAAAGCCCACUCCUUUUUUGUGUUUAACCUUGAAGAUGCUUCAGAUUCAACCUGAGAAGGAUAUCAUUGUAGAGUUUAUAAAAAAUGAAGAUUUCAAGUAUGUCCGCAUGCUGGGAGCACUUUACAUGAGGUUGACAGGUACUGCAAUUGAUUGCUACAAGUACUUGGAGCCUCUGUACAAUGACUAUCGAAAAAUCAAGAGCCAGAACCGAAAUGGAGAGUUUGAGCUGAUGCAUGUAGAUGAAUUUAUUGAUGAACUACUGCACAGUGAGAGAGUCUGUGAUAUUAUUCUGCCCCGGCUACAGAAACGCUAUGUGCUGGAGGAAGCCGAGCAGCUGGAGCCGCGGGUUAGCGCUCUGGAGGAAGACAUGGACGACGUGGAGUCCAGUGAAGAGGAGGAAGAGGAGGAUGAGAAGUUGGAAAGAGUGCCAUCACCUGAUCAUCGCCGGAGAAGCUACCGAGACUUGGACAAACCCCGUCGCUCUCCCACGCUACGCUAUCGGAGGAGUAGGAGUCGGUCUCCCAGAAGGCGGAGUCGAUCUCCCAAGAGGAGGAGCCCCUCCCCUCGCCGAGAACGGCAUCGGAGCAAGAGCCCAAGACGUCAUCGCAGCAGGUCCCGAGACAGACGGCACAGAUCCCGUUCCAAGUCCCCAGGUCAUCACCGCAGUCACAGACACAGGAGCCACUCAAAAUCUCCUGAAAGGUCUAAGAAAAGCCACAAGAAGAGCCGGAGAGGGAAUGAAUAAUGGACUUAGUUUGGUUUUAAUACAAGUGGCCUUCUGUGGAGACGAAGGCAUAUGUCUACGUGGAAGAAAGAUCUACUCAGUCCCAGGCAGCUAUGAGCAUAUUUUAGAUUUUUUUUUAAACCAAGUUUUCUUCACUUUUUUUUUUUUUAACAUGAAAGAGGUACUGAAUUUUGUAUCUCUUCAUGAAUUGUACAUAAUACACACAUUUGAAAGAUAAUGCUUCCUGAACUGAGAGCUGCUUUUGGCCUCUUUGUACAAUCACCUUAAGGGGAGAAUGUGGCCCCCUUGUUAUUUUUGUUAUUAAAUUUGACACACCCAUUUCCCGUUUUUCUGUGGUUUUAGUUUCGGUUUACACUGAGAUUAGAACUGUUUUGAGAAUUCUGAGAUAUGUGCUACUGCUUGCUGUUCAGUAAAAAAAAACCAGGUUGGUAAAAUAUAUUAGCUCUAGGUUUUACUUCCAGCAGCAGCAAAUGGUAAUAAACAUGAAAACUGACCUGUUAUCAGCAGCUUUAUAAUAAUUCAGUUGUAAGGCUUUUUCUGGAUCAUUUAAUCCAGUUGCAUCGUUCAACAAACAGUAAAACUUGACACCUGUUACAUAGCAUUACUGUAUAGUGUUGUUUCUUCUUCCCUAUAGCCUUGAAUUCCAAAUUAAGGUGCUCAGCACCUUUAUGCUGUGAGCAUUGGUAUUAGCAAGACUAGGCAAUAGCAGUAGGGCAACCAGGGUGAAAACAUUCAAUGGAGAGAAAAAUACCUGAUGCCACUCAUGGUUUUAACCUGAGUUACUGGACAACAGCACCAUUCACAAAACCAGAAAAUACAGCAGAAAGAGACCAGGCUUUAGAGGAGCAGGUAGUGAGAAUUGCGGUAGUAGGGAGAAAACAAUGCAUUCAGCUUAACUUGAAGUUUACUUUGAGACAGCUAUGGUAUGUCUAGAUAAAGCCCAGACAUUAUAAAUAAGAACUGGAGUUGAGCUAGUUAUCUGAUCCUGAAUUGACAAUGUUUAGGUAAUUGUAGUAGGUGUAGAAUUGAAUGCAAUGCCCAGGGAGCGUACAUUUGUAAGGAAAACCAGUAGUAGAAUCAUAAGCAACACUCACACUGUUGAGGAAGAAGUGCAAACAUUGACUGAAAAUUGAAAUGAAUCAUUUCAGAAAGGUAGAGGAAAUAGGAGAGAGUGGGUUAAGGAAGCUAAGGACAAAGAAGCAAAAUAAGGAUUAAAUAGUGCCCAUGGAUAUUGAUAAUCAAGAGGGUAUUGGAUCUUUGCUAGAGGAGUUCUCUCUACCUGUACUUACCUUUCCUCCUUUAAAAUGGGAAAAAAUAAUUGAUUUCCUGCAGCUCUGCCCCUGAGCUAAGGACAAAGAAGCAAAAUAAGGAUUAAAUAGUGCCCAUGGAUAUUGAUAAUCAAGAGGGUGUUGGAUCUUUGCUAGAGUUCUCUCUACCUGUACUUACCUUUCCUCCUUUAAAAUGGGAAAAAAUAAUUGAUUUCCUGUGGCUCUGCCCCUGGCAACAAUUGUGAAGACAGACUGCCUCACAGGAUCCAGUUUCUUGGGAAGUCAUAUCUAUUCAUAGGCUAAACAUCCUAUUACUUGUUGAACUUAAGGACUUUUGCAUCAAUAUUAAAGCAUUUGGGGAUCAUAUUUGGAGAUUUCAUGUUCUUCAAUAAUUGCUCUCCUGAUAAUAUUUGAGCUAAUAAAAUCAUAAGGGUUAUUAUGGUUCAUCAUACAACUAUAUAUAGGACUGUCUUUAAAAAUUAAAUGUAAGCACCUCUAUUUGUAUCUGUUAUAGAGAGUCCUAGCAGUUAUUUCUUUUAUCAAAGUGUUCUAAAUGGGAAGAAAAAAGUGUAUUCUGGCUGAACGACCUAUGGACCAACCAAGUUAUCGUCCAGUAUAUUAGUUUUAAAAGUAUAUUUUUAAAGUAUAAAAAUGUAGAAACCCACCCUAAACCCCAGUAAUAUUUAAUACCAAAAAUAAACCUUCCCAAGCAUAAACUACAAACUUAAAGCCUACUUGAGAGUGGGACAUGUCAAACCUCUCUCUCUGGAGAUCACUUUGAUAAACUACAGAAUUGUAGAGCAGAUGAAUUUAGGACAAACCUUGCUGAAGGACCAUUUCUGUCAUCUGUGUGCUAGCCUACUGCAUGAGUGAGGCCUUGGAACUAAAGGUUUACAACUUUCUUUGGCCUGUAUUGAGACAUAUUUUGCAUCUUACCUCUAUACUUAUACAUACUCUGCACUAAAACAGAUUUUAAGAAAAUAUUCCUUAUGCAAAAUACAUUCUGAUAUUUCUAUGCAUUAUCAGUUUUACCAUUGGGUGUACAACCACUAAAUUGUUUAUACUCCCCACAAUUUGAAUUAUACUGCUUUAAAAGCUUUGCCAUUGGGCAUGACAACAUUUUAAUACUAACGAAUGGGCAAAGGAAACAGUGGAUUUGGUGAGAGGCUUCCAAUGUAACAACCCAACUUAAAGUUCAUUCCUCUAGCCCCUUUCCAUUAUUUUUGGCAGAUCUAAGUUUAAUUAAGCACUAAUCAGAAAAGAAUGCUCACAUGCUGGUCAUUCUGAGCCAAAAAAGGAACAAGUUUCUACAGAUUCAAAAAAGGUAAAAUGAUCUGUUUUUUUUAAAUACAAGUUCAAAGAGAUUAAAAGAUAAGAGGUGGAAAGUAAGCAUGGCAGAGCUUGAAGAAAUGAAGAUUUGAAAACUGAAAAUGAAAGCCUCACAAAAUGCAAAAUAGACAAGGCACAGAGAAAACAGACUGGAGGAAAUAAAAAAUGGAAAAAGCUGUAGAGAUAAAAAGAUAUGGAAAGAAAUCUUGCCUAUGAUUAACUGAUAUUUCUGAUAAAGAGAACUGAGCAAAUCAACUUAAAUUCAAACAGAAGAAAAAUCACCUUGAUUUAAAGAGAUAAAGAAUUAUAUGGGUACCCAAGCAGAGAAAUCAAGUCAUGUAUAGUGAGGGAAAGGAUCAGGAUGGCUUCAGGUCUCCAUUAAGGCAGUGAAGCAAAAGGCUCCAAAGGUGUAAGGAAAUGUGUGCCAGGAACUUUAUACCCAGCCCGAGUUGUCCUUAAAAUAUAAAGGGAAUAGACAUUCUUAAGUAUGCAAGUACUUAUAAGCAUACAACCACUUGGGGAAAAAACUGCCUAAUGUUACUGAACAAGAAAUGAAUCAAAUUAAGGACUUAGGGAAAAAAAAGUAGUAAAAGAAAUGGCAGUAAACACUUCAGAAAUUUUAAGUAAAAAUAAUGGGAAAUCAUUAAGACAAAUGAAAUAUUUGAACACUGUGCAGAAAUAAUGUAAGCAGGAAGUAGAACUCAAUUUUUUAUGACGAGUCAUACGAUCUCUAAAACAUACAUGAAGCUGGAAAAAAAAAAAAACUCCAGCCUCUCUAAUGUUCUCUAUACUUGUCCUUAAUUUUAGGAGUCUUUAGAACUAGAUUCUCUUGUAGAAAAAAUUUUUUUAUAAGUUGAAAAUUUUACAUUUUUUUCUUUGGUUAAAUUGAAGUAAAAUUAAUUUGCUAUAUGUACUAAAUACAGCAUAUGAACCCACUUUUGUAAAACUUGUCCUAUGUAUGUGUAACUAUAUAUAUGAUACAUGUAUAUUAAAGAGAUGGUUUGAAAGAAUGAAAUUCACUGGAUAUUAAUAGUAUUUCUGGUUUAUGGAAUUUUUAGUGAUUUUUAUACUGUUAUUUAAUGCUCUUUUUGUAAUAAACAGAUUAUCCUUUACAAGGAAAAA